GGGCGCACUGACAGAGGCGAGGCUGCCGAACACUGGCGCCACCGGGCCCUCUGACCAUAAAUAAAUAAAUAAAAAGGUCCACUUAUGAGAUUUGGUUGCUGUGUGCUAUGCUUGGCACAGUAGUUUGUUUUCUUUUGUUGUUGUUUUUUUUUUAACAAAAUUGUUUAAUGAAUUCUUGACCAUUCAGUUAAAAAUGGUCCUAUCACAUUGAAAACUCAAUUUUAGAUAAGACUUAAUUUCGAUUAAUUUAAACAACUUUUGAAAUCUAUCCUGCCCAACUCUUUAAUAGUCAGUUUAUUUUAGAAAUUUUGUAUCUAUUUUGAAAUAUUUUUCUCAAACACAUAUAAUAAUUCAAGUGAUUAUAAAGGCAACAGAUUAAACCAUUUUGAAAAUUACAUGUUAGAGCAACGGGGUUGUACACGCUAACAUGGCUUAACAGAUGACAUACAUAUGACAAGUAAAUACUCAGGACCGCAGAUGUAUUUUUUAUUAAUAUUUUAAAUGUUUGUAGCAUAUGUUUGUUUUAAAUUGAUUUGCUUUAUGGUAACAGGAUUGCAAAUAACAGACUGAUCACUGUUAGGGCAAAGUGCUUGUAAUAAAUGGUAAAUGGCCUGUAUUUAUAUAGCGCUUUACUAGUCCCUAAGGACCCCAAAGCGCUUUACAUAUCCAGUCAUCCACCCAUUCACACACACAUUCACACACUUGUGUUAGUGUUUUCAUGGGAAAAGAUGCUAGCAGUGGAAAUAAAGCAAGGAAACUUGGAAUUUGAUUUGUGUUCUUUGGGGAAUAUGAGUAAGAGUGUUUUGCCUUGAUUGGAGUGGCACACUCCAUCUAGCCAGAAAGUACUGGAAAAAUACGAAAUAUGUCAAAGAGGGCCUUUAGUGUCCCCAUGGUGUUAGCACAAGUUGCAUGUCUAUCACCGUGUUGUCUCUUCCUUUAAAUGAGUUCCGGUAACAGCGCUGCAAAAUUAUUCUUUAAAAUAUCUUGAUGUAAAAAAAAAAGUGUCAACUAUUUUUAAGUGGAUUUCUAAGUCAUUUUAACAUCCUAUUUGGUUACAAAGAAGUUGAGAAAAUGUUCUCAAAGAACUGUUUUGUAUUUUAAGGCUUUUUAAAAAAUUCUCUCAGGAAAAGUGCAGUUUACGCAACAAAACUAUGCUUUAGUCUUUUGCGCAUGCAUUAUUUUCAAAUUCAUGGGUGGGACAGAAAAUACCCUGCAGACUGUAGAACGGCCCACGGACACCUUUAAACUCAACAAUCAGUUGAGCACAUCAUCCUUCCUUUGUUACAUUCCUCCACUGAUUGACUUUAAUUUAAUCUCAUGUCCGUACAUAGAGAUGACUGUUAGUGUCGUUCGUCACUAAAACAACAAACCUUGUGCCAUCAAUUGCUGUGCGCGUGCGUGUAUGUGUAUUGGGAGGAGGGUGCUGCUAAAAUAAUGCCCCGGCUGUCCUGAUAUCCCACAAUUCUACUCUCGGCUGCAUAGUGGAGUUUGAUAGGCUGGUGGAGAGGGGAACUGCAGCAGAGUAGCACCGCUGUCAGGAAACAGAAGCCCACUACGAAUGCAACUCGCAUAACCAGCUGAACGAGGACGCCGUGUCUGUGUGAUUUACCAUGACAACUGAAUCAGGCGCCGACUCGGAGGCCAAGCAGCCACAGGAGAAUAAGGAGACAGAAAAGGGGAAAGCAAAAGCGGCAUCCCAACCCAGCCAGGUGGCAGCCGAGCCCGCCUUGCCUCAGAACCAACCGGAGCAGCUUCCAGCCGCCGUCGGACACAGUACCCCGGCCAGGAAAGAACAGGAGCAGCAGGAAGAGGAUCUGGUAUCCCACAGGUCAUCCACCAGUCGUCUGUCUAGGUCUCCGCUGAGAGGAGUCAAGAAGGUGAAGAUCAUGCAGUGUAAAGUCACUCUGCUGGAUGGCUUAGACUUCACGCUCAAUGUAGAGAAACGAGCCAAGGGCCAGUUCCUCUUUGAUAAAGUGUGUGAUCACCUCAACCUACUAGAGAAGGACUAUUUUGGCAUUACAUAUAGAGAUGUAGAGAAUCAAAAGAAUUGGCUAGAUCCUUCCAAGGAGCUGAAGAAGCAGAUCAGGACUGGACCCUGGAACUUUGCUUUCAAUGUAAAGUUUUACCCACCAGACCCCUCACAACUGACUGAGGACAUCACAAGGUACUACCUGUGCUUGCAGCUGAGGGAUGAUGUAGUUUCAGGUCGCCUGCCCUGCUCCUUUGCCACCCACACGGUGCUGGGCUCGUAUACAGCGCAGUCCGAACUUGGAGACUAUGACUCAGAGGAGCUCGCCAGCGACUACCUCAGUGAACUGCGCUUCGCACCCAACCAGACCAAAGAGCUAGAGGAGAAGGUCAUGGAGCUCCACAAGACUUACAAGGGGAUGUCACCGGCUGAUGCCGAGAUGCACUUCUUGGAAAAUGCCAAGAAGCUAUCCAUGUACGGUGUGGACCUCCACCACGCUAAGUUGGUAGGGAAUCUCUAUGAAUGCUUGGCUCCAGCUGAGGGAGAGGACUCGGAGGGUGUGGAGAUUAUGCUGGGAGUUUGUGCAAGUGGCCUACUCAUCUACAGAGACAGGUUGCGGAUCAACAGAUUCGCCUGGCCCAAAAUCCUCAAAAUCUCCUACAAAAGGAACAACUUCUACAUCAAAAUCCGGCCCGGCGAGUUCGAGCAGUUUGAAAGCACGAUUGGUUUCAAGCUUCCAAAUCAUCGUGCUGCCAAAAGGCUCUGGAAAGUCUGCGUGGAACACCACACCUUCUUCAGGCUCGUAUCCCCCGAGGCACCUCCAAAGAAGUUCCUGACUCUCGGCUCCAAAUUUCGCUACAGCGGCAGAACACAGGCUCAGACACGCAGGGCCAGUUCUCAGAUCAUCAGACCUGCUCCGUUCUUUGAACGCACCUCCAGCAAACGCUACAACAUGUCCCGCAGCUUAGAUGGAGCUCCAAUUAUGGAGAACCACGAGACCCUGAUGAAGGACAAUGCUGCUGACGGGGAAGCCAAAGUCAUUGCCAAGGGAGAUAUUAUCACCACUGUAACAACUGAGAAAAAAGCAGAGGAAGAGAAGGCUGAGGAGGGGGAUGCUAAGAAGGACACAGCAGAGACACCAGAACCUGCUGCCACAUCACCGCUCAGACAAGACACAAAGUGCACCCCUCAUGCAUUCACAUCUGACCCCCUCCGUUCUGAGCUCUCGCUCCCUUCAUCCCCCAUUUCAUCAACUAAAGUACGGCGCAGGCACAGGGAGAACGCCCGCAAGCGGGCUUCAUCAGUCAGUCCAGUCAAGAGCAGUACCGGGUGCCGCCGCCGGCAAGCCCGCGCCGACCAUAAAGCCGCCCUGCUGGAGGAGCAAGCUCUGCUUUUGUCAGCCCGCAAGCAGAGGCUGGAGCAGGGCAAGAGCCGGGGCGGCACGCUCUUCUCCUUCUCCCUGCACCUGCCCGACCUGUCGUCCAUCCUAGAUGAGGAUGGCUACAUCACAUUCCCUGACCUGUCAGAGAUGCGCUUCCUUCCUGAGUGUGCGCAGAACUUCCUCCCCAUUAAGUCACCUUCACUCAUCCCCUGCUUCCUUUUCAUCUUCUUCUUCCUGCUUUCCACUUCCUUCUCUGUGCCCUAUGCCCUCACCCUCUCCUUCCCGCUGGCGCUGUGCCUCUGCUACCUGGAGCCCAAGGCAGCCUCCCUGACCGCCUCCCUAGCCCAGAGUUACCAUGACCAUGACAGUUCAGAGGAAGAGGAGACUGACAGCGAACAAACUGAUUUUGCCUUUGAUGGAGAGAUGACCGCUACAGAGUCUGAAGCAGAUGAGGACUCUGAGAUGCGGACGCAGUAUAGUUUCAUAAGACGAGUAAAAGGGGAAAACGUUUUUAUCAGACAUAGUAAUCUGAUGCUAGAGGACACAGAGCCUCCGGCGGAGGUCGUCAAGCACCAAACCAACAUCAGCGAAUUGAAGCGUUCCUUCCUGGAGACCGACGGAAGCAUCACCACGCCCGGUCUGACAGAGUGGGAGAAGAGACUCUCCUCGUCCCCUAUGCGCUCACCUAGAUCGGAUGAGGCACCAAUGAUAGAGCCGCUGGAGCUGGAUACUAAAGAAGAUGAGCCAGCAGCAGAUGAGACAAAAGAGGUGGAACCUAAAAUCACUGAGGCAGCAGGUUAUCUGGUGAAAUAUGUGGUGGAUAGUAUGACAGCUGAUGGGCCCACCUCCUCUGGGCCUCAUGGGAUUAGUCUGUCAACCACUAUGGACGACGACGUCUUUAUGGACGGGACCCUGAGAGAGGUGGAGGAGAAAACCCCUGAGUCCCAGGACGAGGUGUCAGAGAGGUUGGUGGUGAAGGUCAGCCCCGGAGCUAUGAGACAAGAAGUGUCCCAAGCCAUCAGCGACAAGAAAGGGACGCUAAUUAUCCUGAAGGACGCCGAGGAUAAAUCAGACACUGAGGGCAAAGAGAAAAGUGCUGUCCCUGGAGAGUUUAAAGCUGAUGAGCAUGUAAUGCGGAUGGCUUCUAAAGAGGAAGAAAUCCCCAGAGCAGACACUUCAGUUGUUACAGAAGCUCAAACUACAGCCGCCAAGAUGCUGAGUCCGAAGGUGGAGAUAAAAACAGACAGCAUGACUCAGAUUAAAGGCAUUGACUCGCCUAAGAAGGCUAUGGCAUCAUGGAUCUCUGAGGAGGUGAAGAUGGAGACUCCAGAGUUCAUCAGUGUGUCAACAAAGGAAGUAAAAGAUAUGAAGACUUCUGAUGGACUACAGGAGAGAGCAGAAAUCUUCACUUUCAAAGAAGUCCAGUCUGAGCAGUCAAAGUCCAGCCUGACUCAGAUUACAGUUUCUGAAUCUUCAACUACAUCUUUAGUUGUGUCUACGUUGGAGUGUGUUUCCUCCUCUCAAAAGGCACCAGCUGGUCAGGAGGAGAAACCGGUGAUAGAGAUGGAGGCACUCCCAGCCAAGUCUGCAGGGCCAUCGAGUCCCGACAUUACCGCAGUGGCUACCAAAGACAUGCCCGUGAUCCACACUGAGACAAAAACGAUCACCUAUGAAGCUGCAGAGGUUGAGACUAACGGUGAUGCAGACCCCGGAGUGUUGCUGAGUGCUCAGACGAUAACCUCAGAGACCACCAGCACCACGACAACCACACACAUCACAAAGACGGUGAAAGGAGGCAUAUCGGAGACAAGAAUCGAGAAAAGGAUCGUUAUCACCGGAGACGCAGACAUCGACCAUGACGAGGCUCUGGCUCAGGCCAUAAAGGAGGCUAAAGAACAGCACCCUGACAUGUCAGUGACCAAAGUAGUGGUACAUAAAGAGACAGAGAUCACGCCAGAGGAGGGGGAGGACUGAACCAGGAAUAACUCUGAGGGCUUUUUUUUUUUUUUUUUUUUUUUUUAAAACCUCUGCACCCUCCCAAAAUCCAGCAUCCAGAACUCCACAUAUAACGUCGGGACUCUCAGAAGACUAGAAAGGCCUCCUACUCUCCAAGUGCUGCAGCUCCGCCGCUAGUCACAGCCAUCAUCUGCAAAACAACUAAAUGCAUUUUGCAUGAGAAGGAAGCAACGUUGCAUUAUCAAACAAGAUUAUACAGAAAAUCAUGUGAUUCUCCAAGUGGUUCCUCAAUCCAUCUGCACGCCAAAUCCCUGUGUGCAGCAAGCAAAACCUUUUGCUUUCACUGCCUUAUAUGACUUUGAUGCAUUUUUCUGAUUAUUGAGAAUAAUUAUUGUAGCAACGUUUUAUUUAUGAAAUAAAGCCAUCACUCCGGAAACUUAAAAUCGCUGUAGGCUGUAUAUGUUAAGAGAGCGUACACUAUUUAACCUCGCAGUAGAAGUGCCAAUGUUAUUUACAAGCAAGCAUCGCCUCAUUCCUUCAAACAGCUCCGUGGUUAUCCAGCAGGUAUGUCACUACAGAAAUCACUACAGCUACGUACUGUACAUAUCAAAGCUUUCCUAGGAAAAUAGCAAAUUAUCUUUCAAAGUUGAUUUUUUUUUUUUUUUGUCAUGUCUACUUGAAUAGCAUUUUCCUUUAUAUCAGUGUUUCAUCAUUUCUCAUUGAUUCCCCCACUUCAAGGUUUUUAGAGACUAUGUCCUGGCAAAAAAGUCAAGGAAUCAAAGGUUUCUGGGCAUGAAAUGGAUUUUAUUUGCCUGUGGAGGGUUUGUUUUUUCUCCAGGGUAGAUGAUCAGCUGCAGCACAAGUGCCAGGUUUGUGUGACUGUGAGGCAAAGGGUUCAGACUGGCGAGCUCUCCCCUGAUUUACAUUCAAAGCCAAGAGAGAUCUAUAAUCCCCCUCCACUUUCGCCCACCCUGAACACAUCAGCUGUGUUGCCCCCCUCUUAUCCAUUCUAAUGUAUCCAAAAAAAAUGAGUAUUAUUGAUGUGCAGCUGUGUUUUCCUCAAAAAGGUGCAACAAAAGUGGCAAGUGCAUUUGUUUUGUUUUGUUUUUUUUUAAUUUGCUGGUCUCUUCUAAAAUAAUAAAAACCACAGUACUGAAA